AAGUGAUGUCAUCACCCGGCGCCCGGCAGAAGAACGCGGCCUAAACAGAUGAAAGCAUGCUAAGCCGACUACAGGAGCUUCGCAAGGAGGAGGAGACCCUGCUGCGCCUAAAGGCGGCCCUUCACGACCAACUGAACCGUCUCAAGGUGGAAGAAUUGGCCCUCCAAUCAAUGAUAAGCUCUCGAAGAGGGACUGAGACGCUGCCUUCUCAGCCUGCACCUAUACAGUAUGAUAUGUCAGUGCAUGUAGACAAUGAAGCAUCAAUCAAUCAAACCACACUGAAGCUGAGCACAAGGAACCCUAUGGAGGAGGAGGAGGAGGAAGAAGAGGAAGAAUCUGAUUCCUAAAGGGAGACAAGAGCUAGGGUUAGUUUUACAAACUAAAUUUUUAAAUCUAGCACUUGCCUUGGGCCCUGGGGCUUAUGUGAAAGAGUAUAUACACACUUGUGAAUAGGAGAGACUUGGUUUUAAAGUGUCUACCAUACAAAUAUGAAGACCUGAGUUUGAAUCCCCAAAACUGUAAAAAGCUGGGCAUAGUGUUACAUGUCUGUAACCCCAGCACUGAGGAUAGGGAGACCAACGAUCCCUGAAGCUGUGUGGCCAGCUGGUCUAUUGAAACCAGUGAGCUUCGGGUUCACUGACCCUAUCUGAAGAAAAUAGUGAUGGAGGUGCAUACCUUUAAUCCUAGCACGCAGGGUUUAGUGUACAGCAAGCCACAAAAAUGUUUUGUUUUUUCUGCUCAAAUAUAUGAAACAAUUCACAGUCAA